AUGCGGCCCUGCUGCGAAGGAGGGUCACGGCCCGCGGAGGACGUGAAGGGUAGCGAGGGAAGGAGCAAACCAGGCCCCUCGGUGCCUCCCAGUGCGUGUCCGGGGCUGGCCGGGCCGGGAGCGCUUGGGCCGCUUCUCUGUCCCGCUACGACGGCGGCUCCGUCGCAUCCCGGGAUGAGCGCGGGCUCCAUCCACAUGCGGAGCCCCCUCCGCUGCCGACCCAUUCCCAGUGUGUUUGGGAAUGACAUUGGAAGACGUGAGGCUCUGAAAGCGGAGCUGACCACAGUGCGAGUGCAGGACCCGCGGGUGCAGAACGAAGGCUCCUGGAACUCCUAUGUGGAUUAUAAAAUCUUCCUGCACACCAACAGCAAGGCAUUUACUGCCAAGACCUCAUGCGUGCGGCGCCGCUACCGUGAAUUCGUGUGGCUGAGGAAGCAGCUCCAGAGGAACGCGGGCUUGGUGCCUGUCCCGGAGCUGCCGGGGAAAUCCGCCUUCUUCGUGGGCAGCACAGAUGAGUUCAUUGAGAAGCGGAGACAGGGGCUGCAGCAGUUCCUGGAGAAGGUGCUGCAGAACGUGGUGCUCCUCUCCGACAGCCGGCUGCACCUCUUCCUGCAGAGCCAGCUCUCGGUGCCCGAGAUGGAGGCGUGCGUGCAGGGCCGCGGCGCGCUCGGGCUGGCUUCACCGGGCUCCAGGCGGCUGCUGGCUUUGCUGUGUGCGCCUCGUCCUGCCCUGCGAGGGAGUUUGAGCAAGAGGAAACAGCCCUUGCUGUGA